AUGAAUGGUCGUCAGAAAUCUGAUGGGUGGACGGAGGUCCGGCAAAAAAAACCACCAACUCAGGCACCUCACGCUGAUGCCGGUUGCGUCAGGACAAAUUACUACGUCUCUGGAUUUCCCGGUGACACCAAAAAGGAGGAGUUAAGAAAGGCAUUCGCCAAGUUUGGCAACGUUGUCGACGUGUAUAUGGGUGGAAAGACUGAUCGUUACAAACGGAACUUUGCAUUUGUAAGAUUCACUGGUGUGAAAGAUGUGAAAGCCCUAGAAGAUGAGCUUCAAAUCAUAAAGCUCAAAGGUGUCCUUUUGCUGGUUAAUAUUGAGAAACAUAAAAGAAAAUUGUCGCAACACCAUGCCAUCCCUUCUCGUCAACAAAACGUUACCCCACGUUAUGUUCCCAUACAUCAAAGUUAUCGAAAUGGAGAUAGUAGAUCAUUUGCUCAAGUUGCAGCUGGUGUUAGUAACUCUCACAACAAACCACCUUCUCCUCCGAUGAUACUCAAUUCCAACACCUGUAUACGUGAAUGGUUAAAAAAGAAUGUCCUAAUCGGCGAGGUUCACCAGUUUGAGAACCUUCACUGUCUUUUUACCUUCACUGAGAAAGGUGUUAUAACCAAAUAUCUUGGUGGACUUAGAGUCGCCCUACACUUUGAUCAAACGUCUAAUGCCUCAAAAUUCUUGGAGGAUGAACCUGCUUGGAAGGAAUGGUUUCAAUGGCUGACCCACGGUGAUAAGUUAGACAUCAAAUAUGAACGUAUUGCAUGGAUGAAGAUACUUGGUCUUCCAUUGAAGUUGUGGGAUGAAUCCAACUUCUCCACUAUUGUUAGAACAUUUGGCAAAAUUGUGCGUUCAUGUGAUUGUAUCGCUGAUCGGAGAGAUUACUCAAUUGACAAGGUUGGUGUCCUUACCUCCAACACCAAAUGGAUCAAUGAAGAAAUCUCUGUUUUUGCAGAGGGGAAGCUCUUCACUGUUGGCGUGGUUGAAUACACUAACGAUUGGUCCGCCUUCAAAACCCCCCCACUCGAUCAUAUGGAGUAUGAAUCGGAGGAUGAAGUCACCGACAAUGAUGAUGAAGAUGGUAUCUCUGAUACAUGUAUGAAUUUUAAUGAUAAUGAUCUGGAAGAAGGAGAGAUUCAUCCCAACAAUGAACAUUCAUGUGUUGGCGGCGAUGAUUCAGGUGAAUCUCCGGUUGCUGAAACAUCGAUGGACUCUCCGUCGAACACUCCGUCGAUCACCUUGGAAGCCACGAGAUCAUUAGUGGCUACCCCUCUCAUGCCCCAUACCGAGGCAUCGUUUGGUAUUCCCAAUGCUUCGGAGCCAACAGUUGCAUCGUUAAUUCCAGAUCCGGAUGUUGUUGACCCAUCUAAAUACCCGGUAUGCUCUAACCCGACCCCAAUUAUUAAUUCUAAUUUAGCCCACACUCCGAUCCAAUCAAUUUCCACAUUUGGGCCUCUAGAUAAUGCAAUUCCAUUACACAAUGUAGUCUCUUCUGGAUCCAAGACUCCAAUUGAAGCCGAACCCAAACAUAAAAAACGUAAAAGACUUCGUUCUGCUACUCGAUCCCCCCACGCAUCUUCCAUCCCCCCUCCAUCUAUGUGCCCUCACUCCUCUUCGACGAUCUCUGUCUCUAUUCCUCCUGCAUUUGAUCUUAAUCAAAAUCCUCCAACCAACUCGACCUCCUCAGAUACUCCAGAUAUUGAUGUGGAUGAUGUUGGCUGCUUGCAUUUGGAACUGCUUCAAACUGUGGAAAUUGGUAAGAAACUGGGUUUUCAAAUUAAGGAUAAUAAUAAGAUCCUGGCUCAAGUUAUUGGUGAAAUUGGUGAUAUUGACUGUGAUAAAUGA